CAAAGCGGCAGGCUUGAGCUCGGAUGUGUGGGAAUCACACAGAAACAGCCGAACAUCACAUUAAAAGAUGAAAAUAUAGACACAUCAGAAGAUGAGCCCAUCGGAGACAUAACACACCGUCGAUUAAUGACAAUGGAAGACGGACUGGUGUCUGAAGACGAUAUAUUGCUUCGCUCAGAGAAGGAGUUUCAUGAUGCUGCGAAGAGGAACGACACAGAGAAAAUGCAGGAGCUCAUCAGAAGAGGUGUGGACAUCAAAGUCAAAAAUAAGAUGGACCGUAAGGCCUUGCACUGGGCAGCUGGAGCCGGCAGUGAGCAGGCAGUGCGUCUGCUGCUAGACCACGACAUGGAGGUGGAUGAUAUGGACAGCUUUGGUAUGAAUGCUCUGCUCUUAGCGGCAUGGUUUGGUCACCUCUCAAUCCUAAAGAUCCUUGUCUCAACUGGGGCGAAGCUCACCUGUGAAAACAAAAAUGGCUUGAAUCUUUUGCACUGUGCUGCCCAGAAGGGUCACAUCAGUAUUUUGGACUAUAUCAUGGAAGAUCUGGAAAACGUGCAGCUUAAUAAAGCUGACAAGUCAGGUAAGACAGCGUUUCAUUUGGCCGCAGAGCAUGGACACCUGGAGGUGGUGGAGUUUCUCAUUGGUAUGGGCUGUGCUCGUGACCUCAAGGAUAAGGAGGAAAACACUGCACUGCAUUUGGCAGCGAAGCAAGGCCACAGCGACGUCCUACAGAAGAUCAUAGAGAUCGGGGAGAGCAUUGAUGAAAAAAACAUUGAUGGCAUGACGGCUUUACAUUUGGCAGCUGAAGGAGGGCAUUAUGAGUGUAUCAGACUGUUGCUGGAGGCUGGCUGCAAUGUCAAUGAGCUUACUAAUAGUAACAGGACAGCUCUUCAUCUGGUGGCCCAGCAUGGCUCAGAAAGUGAGGUCAAACUGCUGGUACAGGCAGGGAUCAAUCUGGAUUCAGUAGACACACAACAUACUUCAGCUCUACACCUGGCAGUGCUUAACAACUCCAUAGGAAUAGUAAAGGAUCUUAUCGAUGCAGGAUGUGACCUGGACAUCUUUGACAAUCGGCUUCAAACUGCAUUGCACAUAGCAGCAGAACAUGGACGGCAGAACAUCGCUGAGAUGAUCCUGAUAUCUGGAGUCAACCUUAAUCUGCUUGACAAGCAGGGAAAGACAUCACUGGAUGUUGCCGCAAGAGGCAACCAUGUGAAUGUCGUUGACAUGAUUAUCAAAGCUGACAGAUUUUACAAAUGGGAGAAGGAAAAUGUGACGAGUGACUCAGAUUCUCUUGUGGGAACAAGUCUUACUUUUAAACAGGAUCAUCGACAGGAGACACAGCAUAUCCGGUCCGUCCUAUGGAAACUUGCCACCAAGUAUUUCAAACCAGACGAGUGGAAAACACUGGCUCGGCACUGGAAGUUCUCAGACGCACAUAUUCGAGCCAUAGAGCACCAAUGGACAGGUACAAAGAGCUACAAGGAGCACGGGCACAGGAUGCUGCUCAUCUGGCUGCACGGAGUGAUCACUGCUGGAGAAAACCCCAUCAAGGGCUUGUACGAAGGUCUGAUCGGAAUCUCACGGAUCGAUCUGGCAGAAAGCAUGCGACAGCAGGCAAAUGCGGAUCCGUCUUCUGCUAAAAAAUGCUCUACGAUGUAAUAUGAGAUUUGGACUGAGCAUGUACCAGCCAUGAGAUUGGAUGCUCUUCAAAUACAGAGCACUGAUGAAACACAAAUACUCCCAAAAAUACAAUCUCAUUGAUGUGAGAAGAAAACUUUUAACCUGUUCACACCAAGAGCAAAUAUUUAAAGCAAACAUGCCUUUGGAUUAAAACGAUGCAUUUCUGUGGAACUGUUCAUAUUGAGAAAAUAUGACAAAGCACUUUUUUAGGAGAACAGGUAGAUUUUCUUUUUUCUUCAGUCAAAACUCCCCAAGCAAUAACAUUUUUGGUCAUGCUGAAUUUCAGUUUCAUUUUUAGUUAUGCAUGUCUUUCUGUUUUUAAUUUAUUUGUAGAUGCAGUUUUACUACUGUAAUGAAUUGUUAUUUUUAAGACUAAAAACAUAUAUAAUACUAAUGCAGCUGCAUUACCCAGGAUACUGGGUAACACGUUUUAUGUGUGUUUAAAUGUGUGAUGUGCAGUAAUGUUGAAGUCUCUCCCAACUGAUCAUCCUGUUCAUUAUGAGAUUCACCAGACUGAAAGGUCCGAACUUUGGUAUGUGCAAAUGUUUUUAUAAACGUGGGACAAAAUAGAAAAUGUGCAAUAAAAUUAAGAUAAACCACUGCAGUAUUUUAUGCAGAUUAGGACUGGGUUGGAUCUCUGAGGAACCAAUAGUAAUUCCCCCGAGAAUCACUCAUAGUCUAUGCUGUUUUUAUUUGAUGAGUACACAAAACUUCACUAAAUGUUAUUUGUAAUAAAUCCCAACAAGCUUUGUCCUUUGUUACUUUUGAUUUAAAACAAAGUCUCAGCUUUAAAAAUGUUCAUUUUAAUAUGAAAUUCAAACAAUAUGAAGCAAGACCGCUUUAGCGGAGUGCACAUGAACCAAACAUAUUUUCCCCGCCCUUACUACUAGUUAUUGCACAAAAUAAACAUCCUAAUCAGAAAGUAUGUUCAAAAUGUAUCAUGUCUCAUGUAAUUCAGUGUUUCAGAUGCAGAAAGACAUCUAUCCACAGCUUGUUAGCUAGAAAAAUAAGCUUUAGAGAUUGAUGAAUAUAUGUACUGUUGCGGAUUCAUAAUAUUUUUACUUAACCUGUUCUUCAAUAUUUUACAACGGCGUGCCAUGUUUAAAAAUUUAAAAAAUAGAUAAAUAAAAUGUUGAGAUUAAAGUCGAAAUGUUUCGAGAAUGAAGUCGAAAUGUUUCGAGAGUUAAAUCGUAGCAAUUAAAGUUAUAAUAUUUUGAGAGUUCAGCCUGCACAUGCAAAUGGUCCAGAUUGGGAGCACCGGGAGAUGUUGCCAGGCCACUGGAAUUUACUUGGAUAUAUGUGGGAUUAUUAGCAGAAAUCAUACGAUGUGUUAUGUUGGGAAUAAUAUUAAAUCUUCGACUGCCUUAGGCCUAUUUGUAGUGUGCCAGCCACCCAAUAAUAGCAAUAAGCUUUGUGCUUUUGGUACUUUUAAUAUAAAACAAAUGUUAACAUAAGUUAACAUUUCUGAGGUAUAUAAGUGACUAUUCACAAGCUGUUUUAUUCAUGGUAUAAUACAGUAAAUGAUUGGACGUAAUAUUUAACGUCUUCUAUUCAUUUGUAGCGCGCCAGCAACCCAGUAAACACAAUAACUUUGUGCUUUGUUGCUUUUAAUAUCACACAUCUCAGCUUUCAAAUUCUGUCAGUUUUGUCACGAAAUACAAAUUGUAAAUGUGUUUUUCCUCUUUAUUUCAAUUUUAUAGCACAAUAUAAACACAAAGGAACAUUGGAAGGAAUGAUAAAAAACAAACCAACAGUAUAGCCUAAUUUAAUAAAGCGAAUGUCUCAUUGUGAUCGGAAAGAUGAAUGAUUCAUGUGCCGCUUAAACUGAGCCGAAUACAGCGAUCUGUUAUACCACAUUAAAGGGCAUGAAAAACACAUUAUUGUAGUAGAUAUAUUGUUUGUAUUUUGCUAUAAAACUGACAGAUUUUGAAAGCUGGAAUAUCUCCUGUUUCUCCCAAUCCAGGCCAUUUGCAUGCGCAAUAGGCUAGAAUAUACUCUCAAAAUAUUAUAACUUUAAUCUCGUAAUUGCUACAAAUUCAUUCUCGUAAUUUUGACUUUACUCUCAAAAUAUUUUGACUAUAUUCUCAUAAUUUUGACUUUAUUGUUGAAAUAUUUCAACUUUAAUGUCUUGAAUCUUAGAUUUUUUAAAAUGUGGAAUUAAAAUGUCAUCGUAAUAUUUAAAUAAAUUCUUAAUGAAAACAAGUUUUUACAACAGCCACCGUUUAAAUUUCAAAAAAAUGAAUUGUAGCUAAAUUGUAUCAAGUAUUCACUAAGCAUAUCUUCUUUAUCCCUUUAUAGUUUACAGCAUUAGUUGAGUUUUUUCCUUAAGAAAAAUUUGACAUGUACCUGAUACAUAUCCAAAUGACUCGAAUCGAAUCACUUGAGAAUCAAAAUCGAAUUCUGAAAUUUGUCAACCCAGUCCUAAUGCAAACAUUCUGAUAUAUAUUCAGCCUGCCCAAGCAAGAGAUAAAUGUAAAUGUUGUUUGUGAUGUUCAAGGUGCCUGAAAAAUGCAUAGACUGUAACUAAAACUGUACUUGUUUGAUUUGUAAGUGUACUUGUUUUAAAGUAUUGUUAGAGUCACAGUCAGGGUUCCUUGAAAUCCUUGAAAGUUUGUGAAUCUAAAAAACUAUUUCAAGGCCCUGGAAAGUUUUUGAAAAUAAACAUACAUAAGAUACAGGUCCUUAAAA